AUGGCUGAAGUUGCAAAAAACAGGAACACGGAGAACUUGAACAGAAAUGAAAAGCAAAGCGACGUGAGGCAGAUGAACAUUUUGGCGGCGAAGGCCGUAGCGGACGUGACGAGGACUAGCUUGGGUCCGAAGGGCAUGGACAAAAUGAUCGAGGACGGGAAAGGAGGAGUGAUCAUCACGAACGACGGAGCUACGAUCCUGAAAGAAAUGGCAGUGGCGCACCCAACGGCAAAAAUGAUCGUGGAGCUGAGCAAGGCGCAGGACGUAGAGGCAGGGGACGGAACGACCUCUGUAGUGGUUAUGUGUGGGUCCCUCCUAAAUGUGUGCAAAUCGUUGCUAGACAAAAAUAUACACUGCCAAAAAAUUUCAGAAAGUUUUUUCGAGGCGUCAUUGAAGAGUGAAGAAAUAUUAAGAAGUAUGUCCAUCCCAAUAGACCUGAAUGACAAAAACAUGUUAAUUCAAAAUGCGAUCACGUCAUUGAAUUCGAAGGUGGUGUCUCAUAAUUCCUCCCUCCUGGCACCCAUAGCUGUAGAUGUUAUUUUAAAAAUCACAGAUAUUAAUAAGGACAGAAAUGUGGACUUGAACAACAUCAGAAUUGUGAAAAAAUUGGGAGGUACCAUUGAAGACACCGAAAUUGUAGAUGGAUUAAUAUUUACGAGUAACAAAAUUAGCAAACGUGCACAUGGAAUAAAGAAUUUAUCUCAAGCCAAGAUAGGACUGAUACAGUUCUGUUUAUCCUUACCUAAGACUGAUAUGGAUAACACAGUGGUGGUUAAGGAUUAUAAUAGCAUGGAUAGAUUACUGAGAGAAGAAAGAGUAAUAAUUGCUAAGAUGAUUAAAAAAAUUGCAUCUACUGGUUGUAAUUUAUUGCUCAUACAGAAAAGUAUUUUACGUGAUGCAGUAAAUGAUUUAGCUUUGGAUUUUUUAUCUAAGUCUAAAAUUAUGGUUAUAAAAGACAUAGAAAGGGAAGACAUAGAAUUCAUUUCGAAGACUUGCAAUUGUGUACCUGUGGCUAGUCUGGAUUAUUUCACUCCGGAUAAAUUAGGAUAUGCUGAAAAUGUGGUCACAGAAUCGAUUGGGUAUGGUGAAAUUGUUAAAAUUACAGGAGUGGAAUCAAAGAAUACCAUUUCUGUUUUGUUGAGAGCUUCAAAUAAUCUUAUGCUAGACGAAGCGGAAAGAUCGCUACAUGAUGCUCUCUGUGUUGUUAGAAGCUUAAUUAAAGAGAGGGCUAUUUUACCUGGAGGAGCUGCCCCAGAAAUGGAACUGUCCCAAAAGUUGUACCAAUGGGCAAAUACUCUGAAGGGGUCGAAACAAAUUUGCGUUAAAGCUUUUUCAGAUGCAUUGGAAUUAAUUCCCUACACGUUAGCAGAAAAUGCAGGACUCUCACCACUUCACAUUGUCACAGAAUUGAGGAACAAACAUGCAGAGGGACAUAAGUACGCCGGGAUAAAUAUUCGCACGGGUACCAUAUCUAAUAUGAUUGAUGAAAAUGUCAUACAACCUUUGCUAGUCACGUCCACGGCGAUUAAGUUGGCUACCGAGACAGUCAUGAUGAUUCUCAAAAUUGAUGACACGGUCAUUUGUAGGUAA